AUGCAACUCUUCAUCUCCGUCGUCGCUUUGCUGAGCACCCUCGUCACCGCCCUCCCAGCCCCUACCUACAACGACGGCCGCGGCGCCACAAUCUACACGUCACCCAACUUCCAAGGCGACUCGACCUUUGUCCCUGGCACUUCGUCGUACUGCGGCGAUCUCAACAACAUCUUUGGCAACUUUGACGGCCGCGUGCGCAGCAUAGUUGUCGAGAAGGGCUACAGAUGCCAGUUCUACAUCGGUCAUGACUGCCCAGCGAACGGCUCCGAGUACGACUGUGGAAGCAAGGACGCGUCGGACGCGAUUACAAAGUUCACAGCAUCUUUUGCGCGAAGAUCUAGGGGAGCUCUCAUGGAGAGGAAGAUGAUUGGCGAAUGCCUCGGAUCGAAGUAUGAAGUUGCUAAGAGUAUCCUCUCACAGGGAGUCGGCACCGAAGACAUUGACUCGAAAGUCGUAUUCAAGCUCUCAGCCACCAUGCUGCGCUGCAAUGACGCCGUUCGCAGUUCUGCAGUCUGA